GCACGCCUAGAAUACAUUUCCUUUGUUUCACAACAGAUCUCAAGCUUUAAUUAUCAUGCAUAAACCUUAAUCUUCAUUUUUGAUUGCAAGUACUUGGUUCUUUUCUCCAUCAUUCACAAUUCAACUCCUGAGGUACAAGUGUUUGUUUUGUUUUGUUUUGAAAUUAUGCCUAAAGAGCUACACACUUGUCUCCUCUCUAUACUAUGCUUUGCAUUAUGGGCAUUUCCAUGCGACUCGUAUAACGUGGUUCACUUUGGUGCAAAACCAAAUGGACGAUCUGACUCCUCACUUUCUUUCCUCCGCACGUGGAUGGCCGCAUGCAACUCAGUGCGGCCAUCCACGGUGUACGUCCCGCGAGGAACGUAUUUAUUAAGGCCUGUUACCUUCAGUGGCUCAUGCAAGAAUAGGGUAACGUUCCAGAUUGAAGGAACUCUUGUAGCUCCGUAUGAUUAUUGGUCCAUGGGAAACUCCGGCUACUGGAUUUUGUUUAAAGAGGUUAGUAGAGUGUCAAUUCUUGGUGGAAAAAUAGAUGGGAGAGGUGCUGGAUUUUGGGGGUGCAGAAGAAAAGGUGGUAAUUGCCCCGUUGGUGCAAGGUCGAUAUCAUUCAUGUGGUGUAAAGACAUAUACGUAAGGGGAUUGACCUCAAUCAACAGCCAAACCAUUCAUAUGGCGAUUGGACAAAGCAAAAACAUGAGAAUCGAGUACACGACCAUCAGAGCCCCAAGUCGAAGCCCAAAUACAGACGGCAUUCAUGUGCAACACUCUUCAGACAUUAGCAUCAGAAGAAGCAUUAUUAAAACCGGAGAUGACUGCGUUUCAAUUGGUCCAGGCACCACCAACAUGUGGGUCGAACGCAUCGGUUGCGGCCCUGGACACGGCAUCAGCAUUGGAAGUCUAGGAAAUGGUAUCCGGGAAAAAGGGGUGCAGAACGUGACCGUGACAUCGUCGGUGUUCACAAAAACUGAUAACGGGGUGCGGAUAAAGUCAUGGGCGAGACCCAGCAGCGGAUACGCAACCGAUAUUCAUUUCAGAAAUCUUGUUAUGCUAAAUGUGAUUAACCCUAUUAUUAUUGAUCAAACCUAUUGCCCCAAUUAUCAAUGCCCUCAUCAGAGUUCUGGAGUGAAGAUAAGCAGAGUAACCUAUACAAAUAUAAGAGGAAGUUCGUCAAGACCAGAAGCAAUAACCCUGGAUUGCAGUCCGACUAAUCCCUGCACGGGAAUAAAGCUGCACAACAUUAGGCUUUCAACUCCGAAUAGAGCCACCAGAGCAGUUUGUUUCAAUGCAGGUGGGUAUACUAGAGGCCUUGUUAUCCCCAGGAGUUGCCUUCGAACAUGAUACAUGGACGGGAAUAUAGUGUCAAGAUAAGUUGUUGACACAAAUUUUUCUUUAUAUUGGAAGUGGUGCAAGUGUUUGCAGCAUAUGAAAAAAGAAGUGUCCCCGAAUCACUACUUUUCAAAACUUUUAAAUCAAAAAAUACUCG